GAGGCAAAUCCAGCUGUACGACGUGCGUUCAAUAGCACCGCCAUAGGACCAUCCCUGAGCGCCAUUUUUAUCGUCCCCCGAGUCCGAGUAUCGAAUCCCCUUCAGCCUGUCCCUAGCACCAAGAAAAUCGGUUGUCCAGCCAUUGCACCUGCCAUUUGACCCUAGCGACAACUGCGAAUCGCGACGACAAGUAGAUCGAACACCGCCCAGUCCCGGUUCCUGAGCCCAUACAAUCUCGCCCUCGCAGCCAUGCCUUUCGGACUCAAUCCUUUCCGCAAACAUGACCACGACUUCCCUUCGGUUGUGGUCCCUCUCGCGGAAGCCCCUGCGCAUAUCAAACCGAACCCGGACUUAGAGAAAACCGACCGCCCUGAUGAGAAGACUGACGAUAAAAGCUUGGACAGGGCUCCCUCCUCGGAAGCCGGGGUCGGGCCUGUGCCAAACUACAGCAGCCUGACCAUCGAGGCCCUUCGCGCCGAAGUCGAGUCGGAUGUUGCGGCAUCCGGCAAGGACACUGCGUAUGACCGCAAGGCCAAAGUCAUUAAUCGAGCGGUGCAGGAUAUUGGGAUGGGCCGCUACCAGUGGGAACUUUUUGCUCUCUGUGGUUUUGGCUGGCUGGCAGACAAUCUUUGGUUGCAGGGUGUCGCUUUGACACUGAGUCCCAUUGCCCAAGAAUUCGGUGUCUCCACCACUUGGGUCCGUUUCACGACAUGUUCUUUGUUCUUGGGGCUUUGCAUUGGCGCUUCAUUCUGGGGGAUCGCGUCUGAUAUCAUUGGCCGUCGCCCGGCUUUCAACAUGACCCUAUUCAUCUGUGGUGUGUUUGGUAUUGCCGCCGGCGGUGCUCCAACCUGGAUCGGAGCCUGUGCCCUGUACGCUUGCAUGGGUCUAGGAGUGGGAGGUAACCUGCCAGUCGACGGAGCUCUGUUCCUGGAAUUCCUGCCUUUCGCCUCGGGCAACCUCCUGACAAUGCUGAGUGUCUGGUGGCCCGUUGGUCAACUGAUUGCUAGUCUACUCGCUUGGGCGUUUAUCCCCAAUUAUAGCUGCAGUAGUGGACUGCCUUCUUGCGGCGACGUUGCCAGCGGAGUGGCCUGCUGCACCAAGCAAAGCAACAUGGGCUGGAGAUACCUGGAUUACACACUGGGUGCCUUGACCUUCGCCAUGUUUGUCUGCCGAUUCUUCCUCUUUCAUCUGUAUGAGUCGCCCAAGUACUUGCUCGCCCGCGGUCGCCAGGGCGAGGCCGUGGCUUCGGUCCACGGCAUUGCCUACAAGAACAAGGCCAAGACAUGGCUCACUGAGGAUAUCCUCAACGAAAUCGGCGGGUAUCCUGAGGAGGUGACAGAGCAGACUCUCAGUUUCGGCGAGAUUGUCCAGCGGAACCUUUCCAAAUUCUCCCUGGAGCGUAUCGGGCCCCUCUUUGCCAACAAGAAACUUGGUUUCUCCACUGUUCUCCUCUGGUUCUGCUGGGCCACCAUUGGAAUGGGCUAUCCUCUCUUCAACGCCUUCCUUCCUCAGUAUCUCGAGAAUGCGGGCGGCUCCAGCUCCAGCUCCACAUACGUUGCCUACCGAAACUACGCCAUCACUUCGAUCGUCGGUGUCCCGGGUUCGAUUCUGGCUUGCUACACCGUAGAAAUCAAGUACAUCGGUCGUAAGGGCACCAUGGUCAUCUCUACUCUGAUUACCGGGGUGCUCCUCUUCUGCUUCACAGCCUCGACCAACUCCAACGUCCAGCUGGUCUGCUCCUGCCUCGAGGCCUUCUUCCAAAACAUCAUGUACGGUGUCCUGUAUGCCUAUACCCCGGAGGUCUUCCCGGCCCCGAACCGCGGCACGGCCACGGGCAUCGCCAGCUGCCUGAACCGCAUUGCAGGUCUAUGUGCGCCUCUCGUCGCCAUCUACGGCGGCAGUGCCAACCCCGAUGCACCCAUCUACGCAUCAGGUGGCCUCAUUCUGGCCGCCUUCGUGGCCAUGUGUCUGCUCCCCAUCGAAACCCGGGGCAAGCAGACCCUGUAAAUGAUACACCGACACAUACCUACUACCUUUCUUGAUUAUUGACCUUGAUGCCUGUUUUGUUAUGAUGAUGGGCUCCAGCAGCGCGCAUUUGACGAAUGCAUGAUACCAAUGUCGCGAAUGACUUGCAUUGCACUGCACAUACUACUACUUGGUGCGAUACAUGUUCUGAUUAGUACCUAUGGCCUGUAUUUGUUGUAUUCUUCCAUGUUGAUACUAUUCACACAGCUUGAUAUUUACGUACGUCCUUAUUGGAUAGAAGCAUAUAAAUGAAACCCAAAAAUCACUUUCCCC